AUGAUAAUACUCACACCAAAGAAGUUGAAAAGCAACAGAUAACUGAUAUACAUUAAAAAUACUUUGAUCAUCUUGCUAUCUCUCAUUAUAUUUCAUCACAUCAGCUUUGUUGAAUGUGGUAGAACAGAUAAAUAAGAGUUAUACAGAAAAUAUCCCUCAUUGAAAAACUCAUAACAGAGUCAAUGCCAUCUCAAAUUAAGCGAAUAUUUAAUUAACUUUAGAAGCUUUCCAUAUGAUCAGAUGUUUAUGUACUCAGGACAAAAUGUGAAUUAGCUAGGAGAUUAUCAUGAAUGUCAAUACAAUAUUGAGAAUAAAACAGAUUUUACUCUCCUUUCGUUUAAUGUUUCGCAUCUUCCCUUAACUAUUUAUCUAGGAGCCUGCAUGCCUAAAGAAUGCACUCAAGAUGAAUAUGAUAUCUUUAAGAGGGGUUUUAACAAUUUAUUUACAAGGACUUACUUGAAAAUAUAAGAAACAACUCUUGUUGAAAGCGAUGUUAUAAAAAACUGGACUAGAGUUGAAAUGAAUAUUGCUAAGACCAAAGAAGAGAUUGAAGAUUGGAAAGAAGAGACCUUAAUUGGAUUUUAUUCCUGCAUAAUAUUCCUGAUUCUAUUUUUACUACUGUUCAGCAUCAUACCUUGCCUUAUACAUUCAUUUUCAAAAAUACAAGAAUCAAUUCAUCACUCUAAAUCGAUUAAGAUUGGUGAAACUUAGAAUUAUAAUAAAGAAAGCAAUGGCGAAAUGAACUUAAAAUCAAUCUAUAAUUAAAAUAAUAAACUUGAAGAUGAAGCCUUUUAUAUCCAAUCUUUUCACUCAGAAGUAAAGUAUUAGGAAUGCGGUAAUGUUGAUGCUAAUGUAGAUAGAAUGGCAAAGGUUAGUACAAUGAUAGAACCGGGCUCAAUUUUUAUUAAGAAAAACAAAGAAUAGAUCUAAGUAAAAAAGAUAAAUAACUAUCAAGAAGCAAUUAAUUUAAAAUCUAUUAAUAUUGCUAAUUAUGAACAAGUCUAUUAAACUCCUUAGAAAUAUCAAUAAACUGAGAAUGAAUAUGGAUUUGAUUAAACACUAGGACCAAAAACAAAAAGCACAAAAGACACCAUAGAAAUUAGCGGAAAUAUCAUCAUAGACAAGAUAAGCACAUUUGAGAUGAUUAAAGAAGGAAUCUAACAAUUCUCUUGGAUCAGUGCAUUUGAGGACUUAAAGAGAACACGAAGAAGAGAAUGGGAUCAUGAGGAAUUAGACAUGCUAGAAUAUUUCAAAUUCCUAUCUUAUACACAUAUAUAGAUGGUUGCUUCCUCUUUCUAUAUGUUUUGUGGUCCCUCCAUUAACCUCUGGAGAAUUAUGAGUUACCUCUCCAAUUUCUUCUUUACUGUAAUCAUAAACGGAUCUAAUCCAAUGGAAAUUUUCUUAUUUUUUUCUGCAUUUCUGGGUACCUAUAGACUAUUACAAGUCUAAGAGGCAAGAGGUGGGUACUUCACUUUUAAAGAUAGUAUGAAACUUAUUGGAAGAAAAUUAGUAAGACUCAUCCCUAUGUAUUAUUUGACAUUAUUUUUUGGCUGGGCAAUGACAUCGAGAUUUUUUGAGGGUCCACUCUGGGCUCAUUAAAAGCGAUUAUACUUUGCUUGUGACAGGUAUUGGUGGACUUAACUACUUUUUAUUGGGAAUUAUUACCCAUUUUAUGGUGAGGCUACUAUGGGCUGUAUGUAUUGGUCUUGGUUUAUUCAAGGAGAUGUGCAGAUGUUUGUCUUAAUUCCUGUUUAUCUUGCUAUAUAUAGGAAAUCAAAGAAAGUUAGCAUCAUAUUUAUGUCCUUACUGAUGAUGAUGAGUGUAGGUAUUUGCAUGCAAUAAACAUACGAAUAUAACCUCAAGGCUGGUUCUUUUGCUUUAGAAAAUUUUCAUUUAUUCAGUACACUUUUCAAUAAACCUUAUGUCAAAUUUCCAUUUCAUUGUUCUGGGGUAAUGUUUGGAAUAUUCUAUAUAGAAGUAUUGAAAUAUAGAAGAGCUUCUGAUGAAGUAAAAAAGAAUCAUUACAGGAAGAUAAAUUUCAUGGUAAAAUCAUAACUUUUCGGGAAAUGUUUAUUUGGCUUUGGAUUGAUGCUGGCUGUUUUUAUAUCUUUUAAUGGUUAUGAAGCAAUAAAAAAUUCUUACACAUGGAGUAGGGAUGAAAAUGCAAUAUACAUGGCAUUUAAUAGGCCAGCCUUUAUUUUUGGAAAUAUAAUGAUUUACUUAGCUUUGAUAUUAGGACACUUUGAAAAGCAAAGAUAACUUCUAAACAAUGAUUUAGUAAGAGCUCUUGGGAAGAUAACCUAUGCAGGUGCAUUACUCUGCCCAUUAGUUGUAAACUUAUCAUUACUAUGUUAAGAUGAUGCCAUCUAACUUAGAUUCUUUGGAGUCAUUUAUAUUGGAAUGGGGAAUUAAGCAGCUCUAACAAUAGUCUGCUUUAUAGUAUACAUUCUCUUUGAAUAUCCAUUCAAGUAUUUGUCCUCUAUAACCAUAAACAGAUAUCUUUCUCAUGACGAAUUGCUGAAGUCAUACUAUGACCAGCUAAAUUAGAAAACUCUUAGCACCAUCAAUUUAAGACAAUAAGAAGAACAUAGAAUGAGCUCUGAAAAUAUCAUUAAAAAUUUUGAAUGA